AUGACAUCCGAGCAUGGCAACCAAAAACCAACGGAACCUCAAAAUAGUCAGGCCGCCACGGCUGAAAACACUAUAAAGACUAACAAGCUGCACGAAACGCCGCCUCUUCCGCCACUAGCCUCGGCCGUGGAUAGGAUGAGAGGCUUGCUAGAAGAAGAUGCAAAUCUACGUACCAAGGGUGUCAAAGAUGCCGAUGUGGAUUGGUUUAUGAGAGACUCGUACAUGGAUCCCCUUGUUGCUCAUCCUUCGAAGCAGAACGAUUCGUGGUCAGAUCCAAAUACGAAUACAAAUUCAAAUUCAGAGGCAAAGCCCACGGCAAAGGAGUCGGCUGCUUUAUCUCCUCCUCAGUCACCGUCCCAUUCAGUAAGCACCCACCUCAACGCCAGCAUAUCCAACACCAACGACUCGAAUACAACAAAGACAAAACCAUCAGUCACACCUAUUCAGGAAGAGAAUAUCGCAUCAUCGCCUGAAAAUUUCAGUCACGGCCACAAGGCCAAAAAGAGAAGCAACUCGGCAGGCGGGUUGUUCUCAAAGCUUAAAGGGAAAUUCCACAAGGAUACCUCGGAUCCGUCACCAACGACAACCACAGCAACGUCGUCAUCGACAUCGACUUUGCCUGUUCGCAACCCUAAUAUUUUCAAAGACAGCUACGAUAUGAAUAUUCCCAACUCAAACUCAAACUCGAAAUCAACAGCAUCAGCAUCGGCAUCGGCAUCGGCAUCGGCAUCAACACCAUUCGACUACUUGCCUUCGGGAGGCCAUUUAAACAGAUCCAUGUCAACACCAGCAUAUUCAAAAACAACCAAGGACCCGAGACUAGAAGAAUACAUCAAGUUUUACCAGCAAAAGGAUGGACGGCGCGCUUCCAAUGCCUCGCGCAGGUUGUCCACGGUAUCUGGACCAUCAGAGCCAGAUGAUCCAUCCUUUUUGCCAAGUGCCUUGGUCAACGGCUAUGAUACGGUCACCUAUAAUCAGCUGCCAGCACCCACCAUGCUGCAAGUGCAAUUGCAAUCCGACCUGGCGGGCUCGAAAGUAUCUGGCUUCUUCAAGAGGAAAGCAAACUCGCAGUCAACCGGUGACCAAUUGCAACGUGCUGUCUCGCCAGCUUACCUGCCCUCACCCGCGCCCGUUCUCCCGCCUGCCGUGACCGGUUUGGACUUGAACCCCAGCUUCAAAGGUUUGAAACCAUUGAAAAGGGUAGCAUUCCACUCGUCGACAUUCUUAAUAGACCCACCACAGCAGAUUCCGUCGCGAACACCGAGAAAGGGGAAUGUCGAAAUACUCCCUGGUGGAGUCGUUCAUGUCAACCCCUUGACGGAAGAAGAUAGAAUCGCCAUUGAAAAGUCACAGAUGGGCAGAGGCGGAGGAAUAGUUGUCGGAGGCACCGGUGCCCUCGGCUUUAUCAAGAAGGAUGCCGACGCCGAUGCCUCCAAGUACACAGACGAGGCAGAUGAACCUGCAGACAGCGGCGACGAAGAUGACAUGAGCGAGGGACAAGAUUCAAUGACCUCCGAUGAACCAGAACCCGAGGUUAGCGCAAAAGCCAAGAGGAUUGCCAUUGACAAACCAAUGACUCAUCAUCAUCCUCACCUGGCGGCCUGUAGUUACACUGUACCGGUUGAAAAAAUGGCCCUUGACACAAUGUACUCCCGAUGCUGCCAUUUGAGAGAGAUUUUGCCUAUACCGGCCAUCCUCAAACAAAUUCCACCUGGCUCCAUGGCACCGCUUCCCAUGUUGCAGUUGAGAAACCCAAGUCCCACCAUGAUUGAAAUACAGACAUUUGCCGACUUUUUGAGGAUUGCUCCCAUUAUCUGUGUCUCGUUGGACGGUGUCAGCCUCUCGGUUGAGCAGUUUAAAAUUCUCUUAUCGUCAAUAAGUGCCAAGAGGCAGUUGGAAAAACUCAGUUUGAGAAACACUCCAAUCAGUCAAGAAGGAUGGUCCUUACUUUGCUGGUUCUUAUCAAGAAACACGGUUUUGAACAAGCUUGACGUGACCCAAUGUCCUGCACUAUCGGUGAAUGUCUUGAAAAGGAAAAAGAAAAAGCCAGAUUCUAAAAAAAAUGAAGACGAAACCAUUAGAAUGACAUGCAACAAGGAUAACAGAUCCGAUAUGGAUUGGUCGUUGUUUGUAGCCACGUUGGUGGCACGUGGAGGUAUCGAUGAGUUGAUCUUGACUGGAUGCUGCAUCACCAACGUGGAAGUCUUUGAAAGCUUGAUGCAAUUGGCUGUGCUGAAAAGAACCUCCCGUUUAGGCUUGGCUUUCAACAAUUUGACUCCACGACAUUUGAAAAUUGUUGUUGAUACCUGGCUAUUCAAGAAGUUUGCACGCGGCUUGGAUUUGGGUUACAAUGAUUUCUCAAGUUUGCAAAUGUGGAAGAUCUUUCUGGACAUCUCCAACAAAAGCAAUUUCGAGGAGAUGUUGUCCAAUGCUUCCUUAUCGUUCUUGAGCUUGAACUCAACAAACUCAAUCUUCAACGACUUGUUUAAAGAAGUGUUUGAAAAUGUGUUUUUGAGGUUGCCAAAUUUAAAGUACCUUGAUUUUUCCAACAAUCAAAGGUUGUUUGCCACUUUUGGCAAGGACGCCAACCUUGUGCAGCACAACGAAUCGCAAGAAGUUAAAGAAUUUUCAGUGGUGCAGUAUUUCACUUCGAAACUUCCCGUGUUUCAAAAAUUGAUCAGGUUGCAUUUGGAGAAUGAGAACUUUAGCCAGUCUUCCAUCAUGCAGAUCGCCAAGGUGCUCCCCUUUUGCAAGAAUUUGGGCUACAUUUCCUUACUCGGCAACGUCGUAGACUCGACUUCAGCAUCCGAUUUGGUCAAUGCAGUUAAAAGCUCAAAGACAAUCAUCAAUUUGGAGUGCAAUUCGGAAAACUUCCCCGAAUUGUUCAAGGAAAGACUUGGUUUAUACACCAUGAGAAACAUGGAAAGGUUAUUGUACGCGUCGGACAAACACGAUGCCCAUUCAACGGCAUCUGCGGCAUCACUAAUCCCCAAUUCCUCCAAGGCCACCAUAUCCUUGACCGAGCAAUUGAACUCGAUUCUUCUGCUCAGGGGCAAACAAAAGUUGGACUUGCAAUCACCGGAAAUCAAAGCGUUUGUAUCGCGAGCAAGCUCAAUAAGGUCCGAAUUGAAAAACUCCAUUGAUGAGCUUCUUCAGUUGCAGUUGAGGGGAGACUUGGACUUGGACGGGAAGGAAACGUUGAUCCGGUUCAUCUUUAUCGACUCCAGUAUCGAAAAGGGUUUGCAAUUGAUUGAUCCUAGCUUGGCUGAUCACGCGCCUUCUACCCUGGCAAACAUGUACUUGAUCAAAAACGGUGAGGGCCAUUCCACAGGCCACUCUUCAACGAGCAACUCCGAAUCGGAUAGCUCCAACCAGAACGAGGAUCAACCGACCAAGCCUCCCCAUGCCUCGGUGCCAAUAAAUCAAAGCCCACUUAGCUCUAAAUCGAGUUCGCGGACAAACUUGGCCAAUUUGAACCGAGAAGAAGGUUCCGUGCUCAAGCUCGCCAAAUUGAAAGAUUACCAUCGUCCCAACAGCGAGGUGGAGCUUUCAGGAGACGAACUACGAAAAAAAUUGAUGAGUAUAGAAUUGUCAGAUUUGGACAAGGUGAUUGAAUACUUGGGCGAUUUGAAGAAGAACGGGUUGAGCUUGGAGCUGGUUUUCCAACAAAAGCACCCCAAUGGCAAUAGUGAGUGUGAAGAUCAUGAUAUAUUGAAUAUCGCAGGCAUUCAGCGCCAGUUGAAGAAUUUGCAAAUGAGGUCGGAACCAGGACUGGGAAUGGGACUGGCACUGGCACUGGCACUGGCACUGGGACCUGCACUAGGACCUGCACUGGAAUUGGCACAGGGACUGGGACCGCAUGCGGUGCCGGGAUCCAUGGCCACUGCAGCCGGCGAUGAUGAUACAUUGUGGGAUAAAAAGCAUCAGCAGGAUAUAAAUUCAUCGUUGAAUGAGACGUAUGAUCAAGUUUUGAAUGACUUGACACAUUGA